AUGCCCCGUGGCUUCCUGGUGAAACGCAGCAAGAAGUCCACGCCCGUGUCCUACCGGGUCCGCGGGGGCGACGAAGGCGACCGCGCACUGCUGCUCUCGCCAGGCUGCGGGGGCGCCCACGCCGAGCCGCCCGCGCCGAACCCCGGACCCGGGCCGCUGCCGCCGCCAGCGCCGCAAACCGAGCACGCCCAUGUGGUGCUCGCCGCCGCGCUCUCCUGUCCGCCCGGGCCGCCGCCGCUGCCACCGCCGCCGCCGCCGCCUCGAGCCACGCAUUUCGGCAACCCUGAGGCCGCGCACCCGGCGCCGCUCUAUAGCCCCACGAGGCCCGUAAGUCGCGAGCACGAGAAGCACAAGUACUUCGAGCGCAGCUUCAACCUGGGCUCGCCCAUCUCGGCUGAAUCCUUCCCCACGCCCGCCGUGCUGCUGGGGAGCGGGGGCGGGCGCGGCGCGGGUGGCGGAGGCGGUGGGGGCGGCACCUGCGGUGGCGACGCGCUGCUCUUCGCGCCUGCGGAGCUCAAGAUCGGUGCGGUGUUCUCGGGGGGCGCCGAGGCCGCCCACGGGCCCGCUCCCCGACCGCCGGCCCCCGCUGCUGCCCUGCGGCCACCCGGCAAGCGACCCGCGCCUCUUGCCGCUGCUGCCGCGGAGCCGCCCGCCAAAGCACCCAAGGCCACGGGCGUCAAGAAACCCAAGGCCAUCCGUAAGCUGCAUUUCGAGGACGAAGUGACCACGUCGCCCGUGCUGGGACUCAAGAUUAAAGAGGGCCCGGUGGAGGCGCCGCGGGGUCGCGCAGGCGGUUCGGCGCGCCCACUGGGCGAGUUCAUCUGCCAGCUGUGCAAGGAAGAGUACGCGGAUCCGUUCUCGUUGGCGCAGCAUAAGUGCUCACGCAUCGUGCGCGUGGAGUACCGCUGCCCCGAGUGCGCCAAGGUCUUCAGCUGCCCAGCCAACCUGGCCUCGCACCGCCGCUGGCACAAGCCGCGGCCCGCGACCGCCACCGUCCGUGCACCCGAGCCAGAAGCCGUCGUUGCCAAGGCCGAGACACGGGAGGCGGCAGGCGGCGGCAGCGACCGCGACACCCCGAGUCCUGGCGAUGUGUCCGAGUCCGGCUCGGAGGACGGGCUCUAUGAGUGUCACCACUGCGCCAAGAAGUUCCGCCGCCAGGCCUAUCUGCGCAAGCACUUGCUGGCGCACCACCAGGCGCUGCAGGCCAAGGCCUCGCUGCCCGCGCCCCCAGCCCCGGACCUGCUGGCCUUGUACCCUGGACCCGACGAUAAGGUGCCCCAGGAAACGGCUGGCGACGGCAACGCGGCCAGCACGCUGGGCUUGAGUGCGCCCGCCGAGUGCCACCUGUGCCCAGUGUGUGGGGAGACGUUCCCCAGCAAGGGCGCCCAGGAGCGCCACCUGCGCCUGCUGCACGCCGCCCAGAUGUUCCCCUGCAAGUACUGCCCUGCUGCCUUCUACAGCUCGCCGGGUCUCACACGACACAUCAACAAGUGCCACCCGUCCGAAAACAGACAAGUGAUUCUCCUGCAGGUGCCUGUGCGCCCAGCCUGCUGA